UAGUUCAGAUUCCAGAUUCAUCGCAGCCUUUCCGCGACUGGCGGUCGCCCGAGAUGACAUUCGCCGCGUUCACCGGCGCUUUCCUUAUCGGUUUCGUUAGCCCCUAGGGCGACCAGCCCUUUCGCCUCUGCAACCGACGGCUGCCCGAGAUGACAUUCACAGCGUUUAGCGGCGCUUUUGAUAUUCGCCGCUCGUAGGACGACCAGCAGAUUCGCCUCUCCUUUCGCCUCCGCAACCGACGGUCGCCCGAGAUGACAUUCGCCGCGUUCAGCGGCGCUUUCCUGAUCGGCUUCGGACCGGCCAUUGCUGUUAUAGCCAUUACUGUUUCAAGACAGGCCUUCCUGUCGCUCGUUACUCUCACCAGCACCUUCUAUUGGCUCAUCACUCUUCUAUCCAUCGCCUUUCUCUGGCGUCCCUUCAUCGCCCUCACUUCACUAUCCGACUUCUUCCUCCUCCUCCUCAUCCUCUCGGCCGUCGCCUGCCAAGAGCUAUCCCGUCAACUGCUCUGCCAAAUACUCAAUCGCUUGGAGCAGGGUCUAAACGUCAUAGCCACUUCCAGACAGCUACCCCCACUCUCUCCACUCAACACCUUCCAUCUCUCUCUUGCCACUGGUCUAGGUCAUGGGAUCGCUCACUCUGUCUUCCUCUUCCUCAGUGUAUCAUCACCUGCUAUAGGCCCGGCCACCUUCUACUCCUGGCGAUGCCCCCAAUUGCCCCUGGUUCUGCUGGCAGCCAUAGCUUCUGCGGCCUUCCUCAUUGUUCACUCCCUGGGCAUGGUGCUGGCUUAUGAUGCGCACAAGGUGCAGCUUAUAAAGGGGACGGGCCCUUCAACAGGCCAUCAGUCGAUAAGAGGGGCACAGGAAGCACAAGAGACAAAGCCAUUGAGGGAUUCACAGCCCACAGGGGAAGCGCCUACACGGCAAGAAACAUCGCUUGCUAUGGAAUGGCGAUUCUCCCUCCCCUCCUCCCCUCAAGAGAUGUGUGCCCCUGCUCUUCACGCUGCAACAGCAGUGUCUAUGCUCAUGGGCCUGUUUACAGGCGGCUGUGUGACAGCCGUAGUAUUGAGUUGGCUUUGCGCGCUUGCGUCGAUCGUGGUUGUAGCACUGCUGGUGCAUGCAAGAGGGGACAGGGGCGUUCACUGACACGCCACCUAGUGUAUACUUCCGCUGGUAAUGGCUGGCAUGCUGCUGAGAGGUUUGCGUGCCAGCCCUGGUGUUGAGCUGGCUAUGGGAGCCCGCGUCUAUCGUGGUUGUAGCGUUGCUUGUUCAUAGAUGGAGGAGCAGCAGAAACAUUCACUAAUGCUCCUUGUAGCGUUCUUCUAUUCAUUUGCUCGUGGAAACGUAUGUGUUAUGCUCCUUGCAGCCCUGCUAGAGUUGGCUAUUGAAAGAAUUUGAAAGG